AUGGACGUAUAUGUCCAGAUCACAGGCCUGGACUCAGGAAAGACGCGCGGAGUCAAGGCGCUACUCGAUAGUGGCUGUAGCACCUGCUGCAUUGAUACCGACUACGCGCGGGCAGAGAAGCUGGAUAUCCAAGAACUUCCCCAACCCAUUGUGGCUCGUAACGCCGACAACACCGAAAACAUCAGCGGCCGGAUCACGCAUUACGUUGACCUAAGGAUGAGAAUCGGUCCUCACGUGGAGACACGCACGUUCCUUCUGACGUGCUUGGGGAAGGCCCGGAUCUUCAUUGGUCUUGACUGGCUGACGGAACACAACCCGGAGGUGGAUUGGCAGGAGCAAACGAUGAGAUUCAGCCGAUGCCCAGAACGGUGUCACAUGAGGGGUCAUGAGGAACACCAAGCAAUGAUUGACAUGGAUGCAAUCGACCUGGACACGAGCGCACCGGAUCUGGAAGAGGGAGAAUCGAUCCUGCUGAUCGACUUUGGAAAGGAGGUAGAUCUACGGCUGAAGGAAACACCGGCGCAGAAAUUUGCAGAAGAAGCGGAAAAAGAGAAGGAGAGGAUGACCGAAGGGAAAAUUCCGGAUCAAUACCGGGAAUUCGUCAAAGUAUUUGCCAAGGAAUCGUUCGACUCGCUACCGGACCGACGAACCUGGGAUCAUGCGAUUGAGCUCAAACCCGGUUCCAAAGCAGUGGACUGCAAGGUGUACCCGCUAUCACGAAACGAGCAGGUCAAACUCGACGAGUUCCUACAAGAGAACCUGGCCAGCGGACGAAUCAGACCAUCAAAAUCACCCAUGGCCUCAGCAUUCUUCUUCGUCAAAAAGAAAGAUGGUUCACUACGUCCCGUCCAGGAUUAUCGGAAGCUGAACGAGAUGACAAUCCGAAAUCGGUACCCGCUGCCGCUGAUCUCCGAACUGGUCCAUAAUCUAUGCGGCGCCAAGUUCUUCACCAAGCUCGACAUCCGAUGGGGAUACAAUAACGUACGGAUCAAAGAGGGUGACGAGUGGAAGGCUGCGUUCCGCACGAACCGUGGACUGUACGAGCCCUUGGUCAUGUUCUUUGGUCUCACGAACUCCCCGGCUACCUUCCAAAACAUGAUGAACGACAUACUCUGA